GGCCCCGCACCGCCCCCGAGCCGCAGGAGCUGAAGCCGUGGCGGGACCGGCCGCUCCCGCUGGGCCGUGGUGGUUUCAGGAGCUUUCCUGAAAGUAACGCCGAAGGUGUGUGCCCGAGGGCUCCUUGCUGUGCCUGUCUCUGUAGUCAGCCCAUGAGCAGCUGGUGUGUGGAAGCCAGGCAGACCCGUUCUGCAAGUGUGUGCCUUCCUGUCAGCUGUGUGUUGGACAUCCCUGGGGAGACAGCUGAGAAGACCUAGAGAAGCAAAGAACUGAAGCUGGGCGGGACUGGAGUAGAAAAAUCAGUGAGGAGGAACUUAGUCAUAAGAAUUACAGCCGUUCCAAGGUAAUCAUCAGCGUUAUUGGGAGUGGCCUCACAAACUGGGAACUCGCAGCAGGAGAAGACAACUGCAGGGCAAGGGAAGUGGUGUCAUUCAGGGUGUUACAGCUACCAGCUGUUUCAAAAGUGAGUUAUACUACUAAGUCUUUAUAGCUGAGACCUUCUUUACAAGGACAGAAGUGACUCUGGUGUGGCUGGUCAGAAUUUCCCAUUCUCACAGUUGAAGAUGCUGCUUGGUACCCACAUGUGCCUUGCAGUGAGAGGAGGUGGGGAUUGGAGACCUGCUUGUUUUUAAUUGAUCAUGGCAGGGGACAUGAAAAGACUCUCACGGAUGCUGUUGGAGUGCAAUAGCAAUGACAGGCUAUGUGUUGUGCGUGAAUAUCAAACGGAAGUGAUCGUUGUCCCAGUUCUCCUGGUGGGACUUUUUGUCAUUGUGCUCACUGUAAUCCUGUGGCUCCACUGCCGCGGCCUGCGAGCAAAGCAGGAGCAAUCAGCACCAGCUGGAACACAAGUGAAGAAAAAGAACCAGCAGGAACCCUGCUCAACAGAGAACCACUACAUCCAGCUGAGUGAGACAUCUGUGGAGAGCCUUCUAAAUUCUGCAUCCUUGACUCUAAAAGAAUUAGAGAUCCCACGAGAGAAGCUCUCACCAGGCACCUUGCAGCUGAUAAAACAUGGUGCCUAUGGGAGCAUCUACAGAGCACAGUUGGAAACUGGGAGCUCUGGGAAGACUAAGACUGUGGUAUUGAAAGCUUUGCAAGACCUGGCUAGUCCCCAGAAAAUAAAGGAUUUCUUGGGAAGGAUUAAAUUCCAUCAAAAUCUUGGCCAUCAUGAGAACCUGGUUGAAUUGGUUGGAUGUUGUGUAGACCAGCUCCCACUUUAUAUGAUCAUGGAAGAUGUGUCUCUAGGUGACCUAUUGACAUUUCUGUGGACAUGUCGGAAGGAUGUAAUGGCAAUGGAUGGUGUCCCCUAUGACUUCACUGAGAGGCAGGUGUAUGAGGUUGGACAGCAGGUUGCAGCAGCUCUGGCUUAUCUUGAAGAAAAGAAGUUGUUCCAUGGUGACAUUGCUGCCAGGAAUGUCCUUCUUCAUCACAACUUCACUGCUAAGCUCUGUGGUUUGGGCCUGGCCUACGAAUGUCAUACACAUGGUGCCAGCUCAGUCACACGGAAAGUGCCAGUCAAGUGGCAGGCACCAGAGAGGCUCCUGAGCAAACCCCCUACCAUCAAGGCAGACAUAUGGUCUUUUGGAAUUCUACUGUAUGAAAUGAUUACAUUAGGUGCUCCACCAUAUCCUGAGGUGCCGACUUCUGACAUCUUAUCAUAUCUGCAGAAACAGAACAUUAUGAAGCAGCCCUCGAGCUGCCAGCAAGCCAUGUACUGCAUCAUGAAGUCCUGCUGGCAGUGGAGUGCAGCUCACCGGCCUUCUCCAACACACCUCUUGUGCUCUCUGAAAACAGCAAUGAAGACCAGCAAUGGGCACACAGUGCUGCAGGUGCCAGAGCCAGUGGUGCCUGAACUCUAUGCUGAUGUUGCUGGUGUUGAUGUGCACAGCCUAGUGAGGGAAUACACAAUCCUCUGAAGGGCCCUUUUAUGUUUUGGUAAAGGAGAAGAAGUCGCAGAAUUUUCCAUUUCUAAAUAUUUUGCAAGCUCAGAAUGAGGUGUGCAUGUUGGAAGGGAUCCCUUUGUUCUUCAAACAUGUAUAAAAUCUCUCCUCCAUGCCAGACACAAGAAACUGUUAUCAUUAUUGUUAAAUCAACCUGUUGGUAUCAUUCUGCCAGUGGUCAUUUGGGAGUAAAGUGUGUUUAGGAAGCUGUAGAAAAUGUAACGAGAAACUUGAGUUAAAGGAGUGUGUUAGGUUUGUGUGGCAAGGGGUGGACUACAGGGGUGACUUCUGUGAGAAGGUGCCAGAAGCUUCCCCCAGUUCCAUGAUGGACCUGCUGCUGGCCAAGGCUGAGCCCUUCAGCAACACUGGUAGCACCUCUGUGAUUAUGUAUUUAAGAAAGGGUUAAAAGUACUGCACAACAGCAGGUGGAAGAGAGGAGUGUGAAUGUGAGAGGAACAGCUCUGCAAACACCCAGGGCAGGGCACGAGGAGAAGAAGGAGCUGCUCCAGGCUCUGGAGCU